AUGUCAAGCUCAUCACAGCAAAAAUCAAUCUUUGCUUUAAACUUGGUCUUGAACAAUUGCGAUGCUGCUCUGGCAGUCUUGCCAGAUGAUGUCAACCCAGAACCAUCCUCACACAAUUUCUCCGUCCUCCACAAGGAUUUCCUUUCCAUCCUCUCUCUCCUUCAUGCAUCCACCACAAAGGUAGCCCUUACUCUCAACCCCGCGUCGCCAGAAUAUACAGCAUCAAUCGCGCCUUUGACCGACACUUCCAAUAACAUCUCCAGACUCGUCCAUUGCCUCGGCAUGAUACAUCGACGCUAUGGCGAGGCUUUAUUCAAAGAGAUCGCAUCUGCGGCGCAGAAUAUCAUCGCUGCUAUUAAAUCCUUUGUUCAAUCUCUUCUCGCUAUUCACAAUACCACUCUGGAUUCAUCCGAGGGAUCAGCCGCAGGCGACUACAUGUUAAGGACUGGUGCCGUACAUGAAGCUAUUGACAGAGAGCGUGCUCUUUCGAAUAACAAUUACGACGCCGUUCGCAAAGUUUGGCAACGAGAUCACGACUCCCUCGUCGAUGGCUUGGACGAGAUUCAAGAAAUGUGUAAACCAUCAGAUGAUACCGAAGAUCUAGAUGACGGCUGGGAUGAUCUUGGACUGGGUUCCAACGCUAAAUUAUCGCCUCUCGAGCUGCAACGAACAGAAAAGGUGUUGACCCUCAUCAAACUCUCCACCCUCCUACACCAGCGCACGAUAAAGAAGCUGCUGACCCCUCCAAAGAUCCCGCCAAUCAUCCAAAGCGUCACCAACACCCUGCUAGAUAAACUUGCCCUGUCCUCACCUGCGCUUCUUGCAGCCUCGGAUGAACUCAUUUCCACCACGUACCCACCUCAAAGCCAGGAGGCUGUUACCGAACAUCUGGUGUUGUUCAACACAGUGAUAACCGAGAUUCGACCACUAGUUAUCAGUCUCGAAGCUGAACAAGAGAUAGAAGUAGGACUGAGCAAUUUAUCCCUUUCAGAUGGCCCGGGAACAAAUGCCAAAAGCAAAAAGACAUGGUUCUCCACUUGCUUUGAGCAAAUAGAGCUAUCGAGACGGACUGUGGCAGACACUUUGAAAGAAAAUAUAUAG